AUGCACAAUGUUACUUUUCUGCUGCUGGGAUUCUCAGACAUUCGAGAACUACAGAUCUUACACUUUUUUGUGUUCCUAGCAUUAUACAUGACAGCAAUCAUAGGGAACCUGCUCAUUGUUGCUGCAAUUGUCCUUGAUCACCACCUUCACACACCCAUGUACUUCUUUCUACUGAAUUUGGCUAUGCUGGAUGUUGGAACAAUUUCCGUCAUGGUACCCAAAUCAAUGGCUAUUUCCCUCUUAAACAGCAGGUAUAUUUCAUAUUUUGGAUGCGUUGCUCAAGUUUUCUUUUUAUAUUUAUUUGGAACAUCAGAUUUUGCUCUGCUAACUAUCAUGGCACAUGAUCGCUAUGUUGCUAUUUGCAACCCACUCCACUAUGAGACAAUUAUGCACAAAGGAGCCUGCAUACAGAUGGUAGCCAUUGGGUGGAUUGUAGGCCUUCUUGCUGCCAUAUUGCAUGCUGGCAGCACCUUUGCCAACACCUUCUGUUCUAAUGCUGUCAAUCAGUUCUUCUGUGAAAUCCCAAAAUUAUUGAAGCUCUCCUGCUCUGACUUUUACUUAGUUGAAGUUGGGCUUCUUGUUCUAACCUUUAGUAUAGGAACAGGUUGUUUCAUAUUCAUUAUCAUAACAUAUAUGCAGAUCUUUUCCGCAGUGCUCAGAAUCCCUUCUGUUCAGGGUCAGAAAAAACUCCUCUCCACUUGCCUUCCUCACCUCACGGUUGUAUCUGUGCUUAUAUUCACUGGGAUCUUUGCUUAUGCAAAGCCUCCAAAUGACGCUUCUUCUGAUCUCGAUAUUGCUUUUGCUGGAAUAUAUACCAUUAUUCCUCCCACACUGAAUCCAUUCAUUUACAGCAUGAGAAACAAAGACAUCAAGACUGCAUUGUGGAAACUCUUAGAUUUGGGGCCUUCUAAAACUCAAUUUAGAGUUCUCUAA